UUCCAUUUCUGUUUUUACUGUCUGCUCCGGCGCAUGACAAAAUAGUACGUUUUACAACGAAAAGCGAAAUGGUUUGAAGAGUUUGUAAAUGACUUGAACUGUUUGUUAUCUGUUUGCGUUCCAUCGAACAAUGAAACAAAGUAAACAAUGAUAAAGGACGCAUUUGUGCACUGCUGGGAAUGACUAAAACUUCGGGCGUGGCUAACCAGAUAAACAUUACUCAUCACCGGUAAAAUUGACAGUUGGAGAAAGAAGAAACCAGCCAUCGAGUCGACGAGACUGCUUCGAUAGUGCGCGACCAAGUGUUUACUAAUAAUGCUAGCUUGAAGGACGUAGUUUAGUGUUUUCUCGCAACAUGAGUGCCAAUAAUGUGAAUGCUCAAGUCCCUACCACUCAAGCGACCGCCACAAUCAAAUCUAGACCAAACAUAAUGCCUAGCAGUUACAUGUACACAUCCAGUAGUGCUCUUUUGAACCGCAGUUCCGAAAACAAACCGACUCCUCCACCUACGCUUCCGAAAUACACCUCGAGUUUUAAUGCAGGCAGUAGUUUAAAUAGAGACAGAGACAAGGACAGUGUUGGUGGUUCCUACAGGCUUUCUAGUCUCGAUCGUGUCGCCAUGAGACAAAAGUUUAUGGACCAGCAGAACAACACAACAGUCACCACCACUACAACCAAUGGCUCACCCCAAACCAACGGAAAUGGUGACGCUGUAUCAGCUGCUACCCUUCAAACUAAACGUGAAAUGUUCUUCACUUCAACUGAAAACAACUCUCAUUCCAUUACAAGCUCUCUAACAAAAGAUUCAAAUAGACUGAACAAGACUCCUUCAUUGGAAAAGCCUAUAGACACAUCUUUAAAAACAUUAUCACCUGAUUCCAAUAGAGAUGAUACCAGCAAAGAAUCCACCCCAGAAAUUAUCAAAGAACGUCCAAAGCCUAAGGAAUUAGAUGGGUACGUAGGAUUUGCUAAUCUUCCUAAUCAAGUAUAUCGAAAAGCCGUCAAAAAAGGAUUUGAGUUUACUUUGAUGGUCGUUGGUGAAUCAGGUCUCGGAAAAUCAACAUUAAUCAACUCAAUGUUUUUAACCGACAUCUAUAAUUCAUCAGAUUAUCCAGGACCUACUCAAAGACUUAAAAAAACAGUGGCUGUCGAAACAACAAAAGUGCUAUUAAAAGAAAAUGGUGUAAAUCUGUUGCUUACGGUAGUGGACACUCCAGGAUUUGGUGACGCUGUGGACAACAGUAAUUGUUGGACACCUAUAAUUGAAUUUAUAGAAAGUAAAUACGAAGAUUAUUUAAACUCCGAAGCUAGGGUUACCAGAAAAUCCAUGCCAGAUCAACGUGUUCAUUGCUGCUUGUACUUUAUUCAACCCUCGGGCCAUGGAUUAAAAUCUCUAGACAUAGAAUUCAUGAAAAGACUGUGUGAUAAAGUUAACAUAAUUCCAGUUAUAGCCAAAGCAGAUACGUUAACAGCCGAUGAGUGUGCUCUCUUCAAAAAACAAAUUUUAAACGAGAUUGCUCAGAAUAAAAUUAAAAUAUACGAAUUCCCAGACACUUGUGAGGAAGACGAAGAACAUAAACUAAACAAAUCGCUCAAAGAUAGAGUGCCAUUUGCAGUAGUAGGAGCAAAUGCUGUAUUAGAAGUAGACGGCAAGAAACUUAGAGGACGUAAGUACCCCUGGGGUAUCGCAGAAGUAGAAAAUUUAGAACACUGUGAUUUCAUAGCUUUGAGAAACAUGGUUAUACGCACACAUCUUCAAGACCUCAAAGAUGUCACCAAUAAUGUCCACUACGAGAAUUAUAGAUGUUGUAAAUUAGCAGGCCUAGGUGUAGAUGGUAAACCAUCGAGAAUAUCAAAUAAAAAUCCAUUGGCUCAAAUGGAUGAAGAAAAACGAGAGCAUGAUCUAAAAAUGAAAAAGAUGGAGGCUGAGAUGGAACAAGUGUUUGAGAUGAAAGUUCGUGAAAAGAAACAAAAGUUAAAAGAUAGCGAGACAGAGUUAACGAGAAGGCAUGAAGCCACCAAAAAGACUCUAGAAAUGCAAGCAAAAGAAUUAGAAGAGAAACGUCGCCAGUUCGAAGCCGAAAAAGAAGCCUGGGAGAAAGAAAAUCAAGUUACCAUAGAAGACUUGAGAAGGCGUUCUCUAGAAGGAAGUAGAGAGACUGUCGAUGGUAAGAAGGAGAAGAAAAAGAAAGGACUUUUUUAACAGUGGACAACUUCCAGUGAAGUGUAAAUAGACAGUUUAAACAUUCAUAUAAUUCAUUGCUUGAUUCUGUCUGGCUUGAAAUCUCUAGUGGUUAGUUUUUGACUGGCUGAGAAGACAAGACUUUACAAAUAAUAUAUUUCUAGAUAUAUAUCUUGCUGUUAAAUAUAGAUUGUGAUUCAAUAUAGCCUUCCAAAACCUCUUA